CUCUCUCUCUCUCUCUCUCUCUCUCUCUCUCUCUCUCUCUCUCUCUCUCUCUCUCUGGUUCAUCUACAGAGUUAAUAAUCAUUAAGCGAAGAAGAUCCCUAGAAAGAUUGAUCAGAGAAAGUCUCAGCUGAAGCACGUUUUUGGAAAACCCAGAUUUGACGGGUAUAUAUCUAAUAUUUUCUUUCAAUUUGGAUCAAUUCUCUUGAUUUUCUACCUUUAUAGAGCUUAUUGAUUCGUUUCCCUUUGACCCAAUUUUGCUUUCUUUAUUUAGAUUUCAAAUUUCUUACUCGAUUUCGUUUUGUGCCCCAUUUGAGGAUCUUCGUUGUAGACGCGAUUCUCAGUGGUUCUGAGUGUUAAUUCGAGUAGAAUCUCUUCUGGGUAACGUUUCUCAUUUGAAAUUCACAGUAAAGUUUUGAUCUUUCAUUCUUUUCGUUUUUUUCAAUAUCCAGUUUAUCCAUAGUAGUUGACUAUUGCCAACCUUAUCUGACGGCAGAAUUUUGUCCCUUUCUGAUUUGUAAUUUUGCAGUUCGACUAAUGGAAUGUGGAGUUGUUGAUUGAGAAUUGCAUUUUUUAUUAUGAUUAGAGAAUUACCAACUCAUUGUUCCAAAAGCUUGUGCUUAUCAUCAUUGCUAUCUUGAUGCAAAUCUGAAUCCAGUUUCUGGUUUUGACUUUACUUUGAAGCUUUUUUUUUUCAGUUAUGUGAAAAUGUUGCUGUGAUUUGUUAGAUGGUUUCAAUAUGCCUAAACAAAUUUGUACUUGCUAGUUACAAUAUUUGAAUCAUGUCUAGGGGACAGUUGCUUUACUUGUUUGCAUUUUGGAGGUAGUGAUCUGAAGCAUUAACUUAAAUUGAAGUAGCAGGUUGUGACAUUGUAACAUUAGAUGUUAAGUAAUGCCGCUGCCAUGGCAGUGACUAUUUCAUUUGUUAAAAUUUUGUUCUACUUACUUUGGCAUUGACAUGUAGUGUAACGAGCUAAUAGAGGAUUGUUACUUUUUUCUGCAUCUAUAAUCAGUUGCUUUGAAUGGUUUCAGGUACUAAGAAGCUGUGGAGGAUCUAUAUUUGAAAGAAGAGAACAAGGAUGCGUAGGUGGAUCUGUUGUGGGGAUAAAAAAGGAGAUUCAGAUUUAUCAAAUGAAGAGGUGCAUUUGAAAAGUCCAUGGCAAAAUUCUGAGGCAAAUCAAAAGAAUCAAAAACCACAAGCUGUUGUAAAGCCUGAGGCGCAGAAAGAAGCUCUUCCCAUCGAAGUUCCUCCCUUGUCUGUGGAUGAGGUUAAAGAAAAGACUGACAAUUUUGGAUCUAAGUCUCUGAUUGGUGAGGGUUCUUAUGGAAGGGUAUAUUAUGCAACUCUAAAUGAUGGGAAAGCAGUUGCUUUGAAGAAACUCGAUGUUGCACCUGAAGCUGAAACAAACACCGAGUUCCUGAAUCAGGUUUCCAUGGUUUCAAGACUAAAACAUGAGAAUCUCAUUCAACUGGUUGGUUAUUGUGUUGAUGAAAACCUCCGUGUUCUUGCUUAUGAGUUUGCAACAAUGGGAUCACUGCACGACAUUCUACAUGGUAGGAAGGGAGUUCAAGGAGCACAGCCAGGUCCAACACUUGACUGGUUAACGAGGGUGAAGAUAGCUGUUGAGGCAGCUAGGGGUUUAGAAUACCUUCAUGAGAAGGUUCAGCCUCCUGUAAUACAUAGAGACAUAAGAUCUAGCAAUGUUCUCCUUUUUGAAGACUAUCAAGCAAAAGUUGCAGAUUUUAAUCUCUCAAAUCAAGCUCCUGAUAAUGCUGCUCGUCUUCACUCUACGAGAGUUUUAGGCACCUUUGGCUAUCACGCUCCAGAAUAUGCUAUGACAGGACAGUUAACGCAGAAGAGUGACGUGUAUAGCUUUGGGGUUGUUCUUCUAGAGCUUUUGACAGGAAGGAAACCUGUAGAUCAUACAAUGCCACGCGGCCAACAGAGUCUUGUAACUUGGGCUACACCGAGACUCAGUGAAGAUAAAGUGAAGCAAUGUGUUGAUCCAAAGUUAAAAGGAGAAUAUCCUCCUAAAUCAGUAGCCAAGCUAGCAGCGGUGGCAGCAUUAUGUGUGCAAUACGAAUCUGAGUUUAGACCAAAUAUGAGUAUAGUUGUAAAAGCUUUGCAGCCACUUCUCAAACCACCAGCACCAGCCCCAGCCCCAGUACCGGAAUCCUGAGUUUGUGCACCUUUUAAAUACCAGCCAUCUUCUUCGUGCAAUAGAGUUGGGUUCUUUGUUCAUACAAAGUGAGAAUUAUACUCUGAUUUGGGAAAAACAUAGACAUGAUCUUACUAUUAGUUUUCAUUUUGGUGUUAAAGAAGAGUGCUUAAUAUUUCUCAUUUGUUAUGUGAGGUAUUGGAAACAGGCUUUUUUUACUUGAUUGGCGUGGAGAACAAACAUGUUUUGCAUUUGGUGUCUUUUUUUUUUGUUCUCCUUUUCUGAAUAUAUUGACAAGCUCUGUUUAAGGGUUUCUGAAUCCACCAUUUGAAAUUGUUAUUCUUUUUAACCUUUACACAGUC